AUGGCUCGCCUGGUCACACAACUCCUUUCGAAACUCUUCCUGCUCACCACCCUCCUGAGCAUAGCCAGCUCCCACCCCGCCGCCGCCGUCGUCAGCCGCCUCCUCCUCCCCCGCGACCCCAAGGACUGCACCGCGCCAGACGCCAACUGCACGUGCCAGGAGUGGACGUUUGUGUCCAAGGACUGGACCGUGGCCAACUUUGCCUACCGCAUCUCGGUCCCCGUCUUCGACCCGGAGGAAGCCGCGCGGGAGGAGCCGGUGCCGUUCGCCAGCCUCGUCACCUUCGUCGUCCAGAACCAGGCGCUCGACUACAACGCCGUCUGCAACGCCACGAGCACCGGCGGGGACCAGGAGGACGCCGACGCCUCGUUCGACGGCCGAAAGUGGUACGACUGCGUCCAGGACAAGCCGGGGGAGGACGGCGUGACGAGCUUCAGCUACGAGAGGGCCAAGGACAGGCUCGAGGUCAAGCAGACCUGGGAGUGUCUGCACGAGGGAUACUUCUAUAGAUACAAGGCCACCGGCGGGGCCGAGGCCAAGGUCGUGUGUGCAGAGGCCGAGUGGGAGAACCCAGACUGGAAGGAAGGGCAGACUUACCAGCUGAACAUCACAGAGUGCCAGGCCAAGCACCGCCCUAUCCAAGUGCCAUGGACAGAAAUAACAGGAAACUGA